CAAGACCACCUCACCACCACCACUUGGCCUCGGACACUCUGCCAGCCAGCCAUGCUGCUAGGUGGCCUCCUCCUGCUGGCCACCGUGGCUACAGCCCAGCAGACAGGGCCAGCAGCCAGUGGGCACCGCCAGAUUCACCGGGUCCAGCAUGGCCAGUGCAGCUACACCUUUGUGCUACCGGAGCCUGAUACCUGCCAGCAGGCGCCUGUGGCACCUGAGGCUUUUGGCGGCUCCAACAGCCUCCAGGGGGACUUGCCUGCCUCCACGCUGCACGUUGCCGACUCGCGAGCCCAGCGGGCCCAGCGCGUGAGCCAGUUGGAGAAGAUACUAGAAAAUAAUACUCAGUGGCUGCUGAAGCUGGAGCAGUCCAUCCGGAUGAACUUGAUAUCAGACCUGGUACAGACCCAACAGCACAUAGUGCAGAACCAGACAACCACCAUGCUGGCACUGGGUGCCAACCUCAUGAAUCAGACCACGGCUCAGACCCACAAGCUGACAGCUUUGGAGGCACAGGUCCUGAACCAGACAUCACGCAUGAUGAUCCACAUGCUUGAGGGCUCAGUGUCCACCAACAAGCUGGAGAGGCUGAUGCUGACACAGAGCCAGGAGCUGCACCGGCUACAGGGCCGCAACAGAGCACUGGAAAGCAGGCUGCAGGCUUUGGAAGCACAGCAUCAGGCCCAGGUGAACAGCCUCCAAGAAAAGAAGGAACAACUGCAGAACCUCCUGGCCAACCGGACCGGGCCCCUGACUAACCUGAAGCACAAUCUGCAAGCCCUCAGCAGCAGUUCCGUCUCCCUACAGCAGCAGCAACAACAACUGGUGGAGUUAGUGCAGCGCCUGGUGCGCAUUGUAGCCCAGGACCAGCACCCAGGUUCCUUCAAGGUAUCUAAGCAGCUGUUCCAGAACUGUGCAGAGAUCAAGCGCUCGGGGGCCACCACCAGCGGCGUCUACACCAUCCAUGGGGCCAACUUUACAAGACCUCUCAAGGUGUUCUGUGACAUGGAGACUGAUGGAGGUGGCUGGACCCUCAUCCAGCGCCGGGAGGAUGGAAGUGUGAAUUUCCAGAGGACCUGGGAAGAAUACAAAGAGGGUUUUGGUAAUGUGGCCCGAGAGCACUGGCUGGGCAAUGAGGCCGUGCACCGCCUCACCAGCCGGGCAGCCUAUCUGCUCCGCGUGGAGCUGCAGGACUGGGAAGGCCGCCAGACCUCAUUUCAUUAUGAACACUUCCAGCUGGGCAGUGAGCGGCAGCGGUACAGCUUCUCUGUGAAUGGGAGCAGCAGCAGCUCAGCAGGGUUCAAGAGCAGCCUGCCUCCACAGGGCACCAAGUUCAGCACCAGCGACAUGGACAAUGACAACUGCAUGUGCAAAUGUGCUCAAAUGAUGUCUGGAGGGUGGUGGUUUGACGCCUGUGGACUCUCCAACCUCAAUGGCAUCUACUAUCCAUUUCAUCAACACUUGAACAAGCUCAACGGCAUCCGCUGGCACUACUUCCGGGGCCCCGGCUACUCACUGCACGGCACACGCAUGAUGUUGCGGCCAAUGAGUGCUUGACACAUAGACCUACAGA